AGCAUAAGGAUCCAUAUAACCUUAUCUACUAAAAUCAAUUUCCGAAGGAAGAAAUCAUGAAUUCACAGUUACUCCUUUACGCAAAUGCAACACCAACACCAACACACACUCUUCACUCUCACUCUCAUUAUUCCUUCUUCCGCAAAACAAAAACCCCAAUUCGUAUCAGAUGCUGCACCACCACCACCACCACCACCACCACCACCAUAGACAUCGAAAUGGUCAAAACCAAACAAGGAACCUACGAACCAAAACAAAACAAAGUCGUCGUACUAUGGGACCUCGACAACAAACCACCACGUGGUCCACCUUACGAAGCCGCACUCUCUCUCAAAACCCUAGCUGAACGUUUCGGCCAACUCACCGACUUCUCCGCUUACGCCAACCGCCACGCCUUCAUCCACCUUCCUCAAUGGGUCCUCAACCAACGCCGCGAACGCAAAAACCUCGACAUCCUCGAACGCAAAGGAAUCAUCAAUCCCUCCGAACUCUACGUCUGCACCGUCUGCGGCCGAAAAUGCAAAACCAAUUUAGAUCUCAAAAAACACUUCAAACAGCUUCACCAACGCGAGCGUCAGAAGAAGCUUAACCGUUUGAAUUCGUUGAAAGGAAAGAAGCGUCAGAAGUAUAAAGAACGCUUUGUUAGUGGGGACCACAAGUAUAACGAUGCGGUUAGGAGGAUUGUUACUCCCAAAGUUGGUUACGGUUUAGCUUCGGAGUUGCGGCGUGCCGGUGUUUUUGUUAAGACUGUUGAGGAUAAACCUCAGGCUGCUGAUUGGGCUUUGAAGAAACAGAUUAUGCAUUCUAUGACUAGAGGCAUUGAUUGGUUGUUUUUGGUUUCGGAUGAUUCUGAUUUUAGCGAUAUGUUGAGGAGGGCGAGGGAGGCUAAUUUAGGGACUGUUGUUGUUGGAGAUGUUGAUAGAGUUUUGGGGAGAGAUGCUGAUUUGUGGGUUCCUUGGACUGCUGUUGAGAAUGGUGAGGUUAUGGAUAUGGAUUUGGUUCCCAAGAGUAGAGGGAGGAGAAGGAAUUCCACGGGGACCACUACCACCACCACAAUGAAUGAUUUUGGUGAUGUGUUGUUUUUUCAUGGGGGUGAGGAAAUGGAAGAAGAUUUUAUGUUGGAGUAUAGCGAGGAUGAGGAUUUUGAUGAUGACGAGUACACAUCGGAUGAAGAAGAAGAAGAUGAUGGAUUUUAUAUUUAUUGAUUGAUUCUUUUUGUAAAUGAAGUUGUUAUGGCGUCGAUUGAUUGGGAUAAGGCUUGAUUCUUGUUGUUGUUUUGUAAAUGAAGUUAAGCAUGAUUGACACAAAAUUGAGGUUUAAGAAUCAAUUAGUACCCAAAUUGAUGUUAAAUUGAGGAAUAGUGUUAUAUUGUAAUGUUGUUAGUUAUUUAGUAUUAUAUAUAUCUACGGCUUCCACUUUAAGGGUUGGAGUGAUUGCUUUCUUUGAAGAAUAGUACAUUUAACUAUCCUGCUAAAGCUAGUACUGCUUAAGAUUCAGGCUUGCCAUGGUACAUUUCUGCUAUGAAUUAUUUCAUUUUUGCA